ACAGAUUUUAAAAGUCUCAUCUUUCUUUUUCUUGGGUAUCUCACCAAUUAUCAAAAACUUGCUCACACAAACACGCUCCUUCUCUCUCUAUACCUCUUUUUCUCUCUUCCUUACUGCAAUGGACGAAACUGAGACUUUGCAAAUGUACAGCGAAGAAGAAGAGAUUGGAGAUGACUUCUAUGAAAAGAUUGAGGCUCCCAAGUUUGUAGACCUCAAAGCACCAGACCCUUACCAUCAUGGGGAUGAUCGUUACUGGUUCUGCUCCAGAGUUGGAUGUGACCAAAAGCAUGAAGAAGACAUGGACUCUGAAACAAUCUACAAAAAUUUCGUCCUUCGGGUCAUGGCAGCAAGAAGUCCCAACAUUCGUCUUCGUAAAGCAUUGUAUAGAAAAGAUGCAUGUAGUUCCGAAACAAAAUGUCCACGGACAGUUCCUGCAAAACCCUCGAAGCCUAGAGUGACAAGACUUGCCUUGAUUUCAUCUAUAUCUAAAAGGAUUGUUGAUCCCAAAGUUAAGGUCAAGCCUAUAUCUAAGCAGAAUGCAAUGCUAAACGCAAAGGCAAAGCAGCCAUCUGUUAUAGCCAAGGCUUUAACUACUCCAAGGACCAAAAAGCAACUGUCAAAUCUCGAUGCAUUUCGGAGUGUUAGGAACCCGAAAACAACCGCCACUGCAAUGUCAAAGAAUAGAUUAGUAGCGAAAGCUUUGGUAUUUCAUUCACCUAAGAAGUCAGUAAAAACAAAGAGCUCAAUAGAAUUGAAAACACCUGUAAAGACAUUGUGUGAUGGGAUGAAGAAGCUUGAGAUCACAGGCGCAAAGAAGCAAAGGCUGGGACCUAAUAAACCAUUGCCUUCAGAUACUUCUCGGAAACAAUUACGAGGACGGGAGGUUAAAAGCAGAGUUUUUGAUGGGCUACUUUCUCAAAAUCACAAGGUCAAGGGUGCCAAAUCUUCUACGCAUAUAAAGAACAAUAAGGAAAAGAACUCACAGCAGAAUCAUGAUCCUGCGCCUCCUGAAAGGGAUGAAAAUGAUUUCAUUGUCAUGGAGAUUGAGGGGCCUUUAGCAACUAUAGAAGCUUCAAUACUAUCACUGGAUGAGAAUAAAGUUGAAGCUUCUUCAGAUGCAACUGGUAGUGAGGGGCCUUUAGCAACUAUAGAAGCCUCCCGGUCAGAUUCUGAAAAGAGGAGCUCAGGUAAUGAUGAUGAUAAUGUUCCAAAAUCCCAAGCUCCCAAGGAAAUCACAGAGAGAGAUGAUAAAAUGGAUACUUUAACCUCUGAUGACAAGGAAAAUGAUUAUGUAGUCCUGGAGAGCGAUGAUAAAGAAAAUGCUUCAGCCUCUAAUGAUAACAGAGAAUUGGACAGUAAAACUAGCUAUAUAGAUCAUAAACUUCUGGGAAAGAAUGAAACUCCAAUGGGCAAUCAAAAGACCGCUAAAGCAAAGAUUAAGCAAUCUAAAGAAAGCUCUAUGACUGCUGCCACUAGUGGUCAAUUACUGCAGCAUAAAAAACCUAAGCCUACAAAUCCAAAGCCUUUUCGGCUUAGAACUGAUGAAAGGGGAAUUCUCAAGGAAGCAAAUGGGGAGAAGAAACACUGUCCUGAACCUUUUAGUGAAAUGACAUCAGUCUCAAGGAUAGCAGGACGGAACUUGCAGAAAAGACAUCAGAAUGCACUCCAAAAACAUGACAAGUUCCUCGAGCAAGAUGAGAAUCACAAUGCAGCAAAUGAAAAUAUGGAAACAAAGGAUCAGCCUCAAAAGAGAACUGUCAGCUUGAAGAUUUCAAAAGAAAGAGUGGGACGAAAAACAACUUCGACACCACAGAGACAUACAAUUUCUUCUCAGCAGAAACUUGUGACUUCACAGCAUGAAUGUAACCAAGAAAAAUCUGCUUUAAGAUUGGGAAACAGCUCAAAAAGGACCAAAUCACCAUCCACGAAACAACUAGCAAGGCCUCAAGAGUCAGCAUCAAGUAGAAUAAAUUCAAUUAUGACAACUGGUCAACUUGGCGCAAUAGUGGAAAAUUCCUCAACAAUUUUAAGAGCUAAAGGAGCUGCAAAACCAAGUGAACCCGGUGUUUCCUUGGCAACGAAAGCUUCUAUUUCUCCCGCUUCCAAGCCCUCAUUACAGGGAAAAAGGUUGACAACCAUUCCUAAGGAACCAACCUUUCAUGCUAUGCAUACACCAAAGAGCUGCACAAAGAGAGUGGCUUAAGUUUGCUGUUGCUCUUGUGGUUCAAUUGAUUCAUUGAAUGUAUUAUAUAUCUCUUCUUCCUCAAACUUUCUCUAGUAAAUUCUUUGUUGCAACUCCUUAGUCCAGCUCUUCUCUAGCUAAUUGUUCAUAGCAUUCUUUAUAAAUUGUAUUUUCUUUUUUU